UUACUGGUCGUGUAUCUAUUAUAGUUAUUGUUAAUGGACUUGUACUAAUUAUUAUCAAUGAUAUUUAUCAUGAUGGUGAUACAGUCUCGAUAAUUGAUACAAUAAAUAAAUCAAUUGUCGAUUUAUCAACAAAAAAAAAUGUUUUUCUUUUUGUUGCUUUACUCAUUGGCAUUAUUUACAUACAAAAUCCAUGUUAUCUUGUACAAGUAUUCAGAUUUAAUAUUUAA